AUGACCCAGGAAAACAACUCCACUUCCGCUCAUGUCAACUCUGGAUUAUUCAAUCACUGGAAUACACCUCUUCCUUACCUCUUUGCUGGCCUUGCUCUCAUGUUAGGGCUCAUUGCAUUUUCUCUUCUUAUUCUUGCCUGCUCUUACAGGAAUCCUACUACUACUACUACUACUCAAUCCUCAGGCAACAACGAUGAUGAUCAGGAAAAAUCAACGAGGGCCGCCGUGCUACGCCCUGAUGAACCGGAGCCCAGGAUAGUCGUAAUCAUGGCCGGAGAUGACAACCCCACUUACCUCGCCAAGCCGACCACUCAGUCUACUAGCCACUGUGAUCAACAAGUCUGA